AAAAAAGAAACAUUCAAGUCGUCUUGUCAAUUAUUGUAUCACUGGGAGUCCAGAUUUUACACUUACUGUAUCCAUUAUAAAGAUAAUGUAUCUCCACCCACUAGUAGCCACGACACAAAAUCAAAGAGAGAACAGAACAGAGAGAACCCAUGGAAAAGGCUGAAACUAUAGGUGAGAAACUGAAAGAAACCAUGGAGAGUAAUGAGAAAGAUGAUGCCACUGCUCAUGAUGAAGAGCCCAACAUUAACUACAGAGGAUGGAAAGCCAUGCCAUUUAUCAUAGGAAACGAAACUUUUGAGAAGCUAGGAGCUAUUGGAACUUUAGCAAAUCUCUUGAUAUAUCUCACCACUGUGUUUAACAUGAAGAGCAUUACAGCUGCAACUAUUAUUACUGUCUUCAAUGGCACUGCUAACCUUGGCACUUUGGUCGGAGCUUUUCUUUGUGACACUUACUUUGGUCGCUAUAAUACCUUGGGAUUUGCUACUAUUACCUCCUUUCUGGGAUUGCUUAUGAUAGACUUAACAGCUGUAAUCUCUAAGCUGCAUCCUGCUCAAUGUGAUAAGGAAAGUGCUACAUGUAAAGGGCCGACACCAGGUCAGAUGGCAGUUCUAUAUGCAGGAUUUGCACUUAUGAUAAUAGGUGCUGGUGGAGUUCGUCCAUGUAAUUUAGCAUUUGGAGCAGACCAAUUUAACCCAAAAACAGAAUCUGGAAAGAAGGGUAUAAAUAGUUUCUUCAAUUGGUACUUCUUCACCUUCACAUUUGCCCAGAUGGUAUCUUUAACAUUAAUUGUUUACGUUCAAGCCAAUGUUAGUUGGGCAAUAGGUUUAGCAAUUCCAGCAAUCUUGAUGCUUAUAGCUUGUGUACUGUUCUACAUGGGCUCAAGAAUAUAUGUCAAAGUGAAAGCUUGUGGCAGUCCAAUUACUAGUGUAGCUCAGGUUAUAGUAGUUGCAAUCAAGAAAAGGCGGUUGAAGCCGGUAGAGCAGCCUUGGCUCUUCCUUUUUAAUUUUAUUCCUCCCAAGUCUAUUAAUGCUCAGCUUUCUUACACAGAUCAAUUCAGAUUCCUCGACAAAGCAGCAAUUAAGACUCUUCGAGACGAAAUAAACCCCGAUGGAUCACCAGUUAAUCCAUGGAAACUUUGCAGUUUGCAGCAAGUUGAAGAAGUGAAAUGCCUAAUAAGAGUGCUUCCUAUUUGGGUAGCAGGUGUUAUAUUCUAUAUGGCUAUAGUCCAACAGAAUACAUAUGCAGUCUUCCAAGCAGUUCAAAGCGACAGACGCCUUGGAAGCAGCGAGUUCGAGAUUCCAGCUGCAUCCUACACUGUCUUCCUGAUGCUAAGUUUAACCAUCUUCAUACCUAUCUAUGACAGAAUCUUAGUCCCAUUUGUCCAGAAGGUUACAGGAAAAGAAGGCGGCAUAACACUGCUUCAAAGAAUCGGCAUCGGCACAGUUUUCUCGACUGCCUCAAUGAUAGUCUCCGCAUUAGUUGAAGAGCAGAGAAGGACCAUAGCACUCACUAAGCCAACUCUGGGAAUUGCACCAAGAAGGGGCGCCAUUUCUUCAAUGUCCGGUUUAUGGUUGGUCCCUCAGCUAACACUAGCGGGAUUAGCCGAGGCAUUCGGGGCAAUUGGCCUAGUCGAGUUCUACUACAAGCAAUUUCCUGAGAACAUGAGAAGCAUUGCAGGGUCUCUAUUCUUUUGUGGCAUGGCAGGUGCAAGUUAUUUAAGCAGUUUGUUAAUAACUGUCGUUCACCGAACAACAGAAAAAACUGCAACAGGAAACUGGUUAGCAGAAGAUCUAAACAAGGGAAGACUGGACUAUUAUUAUUACCUGAUUGCCGCUCUCGGUGUCCUGAACUUUGGCUACUUCUUAAUAUGCGCAAAAUGGUACAAGUACAAAGGAGGCAAUGCAGUUACAAUCGAGAUGACUAGAGAAAAGAAACCAUCUGAAAAACACGUAGCAUGAUAUCAGUAGAAAUUCUUUUUCCUAGGGAUACCCAGAAAGUUAAGGCUUCUGAUUUCUGUUACUACAUCUUGAGUAGAAUAUGGGAUUUAGAACCCAACCAUAACAACAAAUGUCAUAGGGAAUCAGAUUAAUCAUAGGAAUAUAGCAGAGUUAGGACAUCCCUUUUGUAUAUUAUUAAAGUAAAUUAGCAACACUUAGUAUAAAGUUUCUAGCGACGCAGGAUAUUUAUUAUAAAAUAAAGUAAUGUCUUUUUUGCU